UGCGCGGCGGCUCCGGCGGCAAAUUACCCAUCGACCAGACCACCGCGUUCUCUGCUCCUCCGCCUCUCUGUCGCCAUGGCCACCGUAGCUGCCCGCCGUCUACUCCGUCCUACCUCCUUCACCGCCUUAUCCAGCGCCCGCCGCUUCCUCUCCUCCACCGCUUCCCCACCUCCCAACCGCAGCUCCAACACGAACAGCCCCGUCUCCUUCGACUGGUCGGACGACGACGAGAAUCCCUCCGCACCUCCACCCACAACCCCGGCAAAGAACCCAGCUCUCCCGCCUCCCUACGACCCUUUCAGCAAGAAGCCCGUUGUGGCCGAUCCGGCCGACCCCACCAACCUGCAGGAAAUUUUUCAUCGGAUGCGCACCGAAGGCCUCACUGACUAUGCCAUCAAGAUGUUCGACGGAUUGUCCAAAGACGGUCUCACGCACGAGGCGCUGGCUCUCUUCUCGGUCAUCAAGGACAAGGGCGCCAUGCCUGACGUAGUUGCUCACACAGCCGUCCUGGAGGCCUACGCCAACGCCGGCCCAGGCCACUGGCGUGACGCGGUGCGCACAUACAACCGCAUGCUCUCGGCCGGGGUCGCGCCCAACGCGUACACGCUUGCCGUGCUGGUCAAGGGGCUCGGGGCAAGUGACCGGUGCGCGGAGGCCGGAAAGUACCUGCUAGACAUGCUUGACCGUGGGAUGCGGCCCAAUGUGGCGACGUGCCUGGCUGCCUUCGAGGCUCAUGUGAGGAUGGAGAAGGUGGAAGAGGGGAAGCUGCUGCUGGAGGAGAUGAAGAAGAAGGGGUUUACGCUUGAUGAGGAGGCAGUGCGCAGCAGCACCGUCAAGCGUGGGCAUGUUUUCAGGGGCGUCAUAAACCUGCUCUUUGGCAAGUGAUAUUGGAGUACGCCAAGAUGACAGCCAUAGGAAUGUUUGAGGUGUCCCUGCUGAGUGUUUCGCCACUGGAGGUCAAAGCCUACAGUUGGUCAUAUGGGUUCGGAGAGUGUUGCCCCCUGUAAACACGGGAUUUGCCGUAAUUUAAGCAACUGCAGCGCUUAAAUUGCAGAUGUGCGAUUCUCUGCUGGGACAAGCUUAAGUACAGAUGGCUUAUUCGGAUCGGAUGCAUGCACAGAACAGGUGACAAUUGACGGAACAGCCUGGGCAUGCGCUUGGAAAAGCAAAGCGAGUGCGACCUGCAUUGGCUUCUGAUGAACUGUACCGGUGAAGCAACACGACUGGGAGCGUGCAAUGUGCCCAUCUCUGAGAGCAUAAUCUCGGCCGAUUCCAUAGGCUAGGUCGCUACAGCACUGUUGGGUUCGCUGCUACGUAUCGGUACAUUGAUAGCAGCGCAUCGCCGAGUGCUCAGCCUUUUUGUUACUGCUUUUGUAGCGAAGGGUGUACGACGUGCAUAGGACCGCACGUACGAGGAAUUCGAAUACGUGAUCUGCUGAAAAGAUGGACCGUCUUGUCCAACUGGUUGGAGCCUAGCAGCCCUUCAUAUUGGAGGGUGCACAGCUGCGAUGCCGGCGAGAUGGAGUGGCUCUCCCAAGUCACCUGCAUCUUCUACAGGUUUCGGUUCUGAUGCAUACUUGUCAAAAUGUAUGAGACCCAUUGUAACCUGAAAC